AUGUCGGAAAGAGAAAAAUUACACGUGGAUAAAGAUUAUAUAAAAUUAAAUUCAUUUAUAGUUAAAUUAAAAAAAAAUCCGAGAAUAGAAGCGGUACAUCCGAGAGAAUCGAAAAAUAAAGAUUUUUUAGAAAGAAAAGAGUUCCCAUGGAGUUCAAUAUCUUAUUAUGAUAAUCCAUCAGAAUACGAAGAUUACGCUUACGAGUAUCCAUUACCGAAAGAUAAAAUCCAACAUAUUUCUCCCAACGUAACAUUUCCGAUUGCUGGACUAAAUUUGACGCAGGAACAAAUAGCAAAGCUACCUUACGGUGCGACUUAUUAUUUUAAUCCGAACAAAAAUAAAACAACGGUUAUUUUUCACAAAAAGGACAGACAUAAAAAAUUCGAAAGGAAUUUGAUACCGAAAGGUACGUGUAAACUCUACCUUGAAUUUUUAAGGUAUGCUUUUGAAAAAUUAGACACAAUGCCCGAUGCUUCGUAUACGGAUAGCGACGAAAACAUAGAUUAUUCUUACAUGCGUACUUACAAAUAUCAUAAUAGACCGCCGAAUUUUGAAAAAUAUCGACCGCCCCCCGAAAUUUAUCAAUCGGUAAAUCCGUAUGACUCCCCAAAUCCUAUCAUCAUGAAAACCGACGACGAAAACGACAACGAUUUUAAAUAUUAUCAAUUAAAUUUUACGACUCCGAAACCAACGACAACGACAAUUUUUAGAAUUCCACUGUUGCCAAAUAUAAACGAUGAAAAAAAUUACGACGGGGAAAACGAUAGAAAUUUUCCGGGUUCGACCACGACGGAAAUGAAAACGGAAACAACGAGAGAAAUUUACAAAAACCCGAACGACGCUACUUUGUUCGCGACGACAUCGACGACGACAACGACAUUUUCCUACGACGAGCCCGUAACUAAAAAUUCAAACGAUGAUAAUAAUAAUAAAGUUAAUUUUGAUGAUGAUAAUAAUAGUUUUCGACAAAUACCAAAUUUCGACGACUAUCCUAGAAUAAUGGAAAAAAUAAUGAAGAAUGAAAAUUUACCUUAUCGCCCAAAAAGUGGCCCGACGUUACCACCUUACGACGUACAAAUAGAUAGAAAUUUAGAAAAGGAAAUGACGACAAAGGCUACGACGAUGACGUCACGGCCAAACACUUUGAUUCCUACACAAACCAAAACGGAUAUCCGGAUUAUAGUGAAGCCGUCGGAAAGUACGAUUAAGGGUUUGCCACCGACGAAAAUUACUGAACAAACUAGUCAAACGUUUAGAACGGGUGUUUAUACGACGACGGCCUCACCGCCGACGACGACGACGACGACGACGAUGACAACGCAAAAUACAAAAGAAUUCGAUUAUCUAAAUCCAUUUUCAAGAACUGGAAUUCCAAAAAAUUUCGGCAACUAUGAUACGACAACAACGGAACAACCUGAAAUCUCCUACAAGAAAUAUAUUGGAAAAGAAUGGAAUGAUAACACAAUAUCGUGCCCGGAUGGCUACAACGUGACGUAUCCGUUAAACGGUUUUUGCCAUAAAUAUGUUCAUUGCGAAUCAGGUGUUGCAUUACAAAGGGAUUGUCCGAAUGGACUCCAAUUUAACAUAAUAACAAAAAGUUGCGACAUGCCCCAUAAUUCAUAUUGCAAUUACGUCUGUCCAGUGGAGAAUGGAUUUUAUGGGGUUCCCGGAGAUUGCGGUGGAUAUUUCAUUUGUAAAAAUUCAAUAUCAGAGUACAGAAUGUGCCCACCGAGUACUCAUUGGAACACAGCGGCGGACACUUGCAUUUUUGCCGAAGAAUCAACAUGUCCGAUGAAAUGUUCGUCCGUGAACGAGAUAAAACCAUACGAAGGUGAUUGUAAAGGUUACAUAAUAUGUUCGAACGGAUUUCCGUAUUAUCACAAAUGUCCUCUCACGAACGUAUUCGAUCCGGAAUCGUUAAGUUGCAUUCCAGAUGAGAAAUCAACGUGUUCGAACGAUCCGAAAUUGAUGACGAAUUUUAUUAAUUCGAACGCCAUUUGUCGAACCGUUCAAGUGAAAAACGGUUCGAAAUCUCAGUGCGGAGAAAGUAUCAGAAGAAUUAUUGUUACAAAACUCGUCGACUGGAAUAAAUGA